CCGAUUGCCCCUCUCUUCUCCCUGUCCUGUCAAAAAGGACUGAUAUUGGAACGUCGUGUGAUCGCCUCGGGGGUGGUCAAGAUUUCUAGUAAGACGUCACGAGAGAUCGAUGAGAAAUUAAAGGACCCGUCAAUCAUCGGGUGAGAAGAAAGAGAUCAGGACAGCCGGAGGCGACCGAGUUCGGAAAGUCGUAAUCGCGCGUGGCGGUCGGAUGCAUGACGGAUCAUGGUUUCCGCGUCCGGACCCAUAUCCACAGGGAUCCUAGCGGGACGCCCUUCUGGAUCGCAGGGCCCGCGGCAGAAUGGUGACGCGGAGGGCGAGAAAGAUUCCAAAGCGGCGGAAAGUGCUAGGAUUCGGCACGAAUCGGAUCUUUACGUCAGACCCAGCUGGACAGAUGCCGCAAUAGCGUUGGAUCAGCUCGAGAAGGGAAAGGCGGAGGGUCAGAGGUCGGCAGUGUGGAUCAGAGCGCUACUGCAGGAUCAGUUGAGCCAGUUGGGUUACUUCCUACAGAGGCAUGCCGGAAAGGUACUCUUCGUGGCCGUCCUCGCGCUGGCGAUCCUCUGUGUCGCCCUCAAGUCCGCGCAAGUCAACAGCAAGGUCGAGCAGCUGUGGGUGCAGGAAGGUGGAAGAUUACAAAAAGAGCUUACCUAUGCGUCGGAAGUGCUGGGCGAAGCUGCCGCCUCGACGCAUCAGCUCGUCAUCCAGACGCCGAGGCAUUCCGGGGCGAACAUCCUGCAUCCGGCUGCACUCAGAGAACACUUGGCGGUGCUGAAAGCUGCGAUGAACGUAGAGGUGCACCUGUUCGAUAUCACGUGGAAGCUGAAGGACUUGUGUUACGCGCCAAGCAUACCCAACUUCGACAUGCACUACAUCGACCAGAUCUUUGAUAGUAUUAUUCCUUGCGCCAUCAUCACGCCACUCGACUGUUUUUGGGAAGGAAGCAAACUCUUGGGUCCGGAAUUUCCGGUUCAUAUACCUGGUGUGCAAAGCAACAAACGCGUCAAAUGGACGAAUCUGAAUCCUUCCACGUUAGUGGACGAGAUAAAAAAGUUGCAGAUCUCGUUUCCCUUUAAAACACUCGAGGAUUACAUGAAGAGGGCCGGAAUAACGAAUGGCUAUCAGAGCAAGCCAUGUCUGAAUCCAGCGGAUCCCGAAUGCCCGGAAACCGCGCCUAACAAAAUAUCCCAAAAGGAACCUGAUGUGGGAGCCGAAUUAACAGGUGGUUGUUAUGGAUUUGCGGCGAAAUAUAUGCAUUGGCCGGAGGAGCUGGUGGUUGGCGGCGCCAAACAUAACAAGACGGGUCACUUGACUCGCGCAGCCGCGUUACAAACUGUGGUACAGCUAAUGGGUGAAAGAGAGCUGUACGAUUUCCUGGUGAACACCUACAGGGUCCAUCACAUCGAUUGGUCACAGGAAAAGGCGGCUAAGGUUCUCGAGGCCUGGCAAAGAGUAUUCAGUAACGAAGUUAAGAAGCUGGUGGAGGUCAACGGGUCGGCGCCAUACAAUCUUUACGCUUUCAGUACAACAACCAUGAAUGACAUUCUUGGGAAAUAUAGCGAAGUGUCCGUCAUGAAGAUUGCAAUCAGUUGCGCACUUAUGUUGCUGUAUGCCGGUAUAGCCCUCUUUCGUUGGAAGGAUCCGGUACGUUCGCAGUCUGGAGUAGGAAUAGCUGGUGUGAUGCUAAUUUGUGCCACAGUGGCCGCGGGACUGGGCUUCUGCGCGCUUCUGGGAAUUCCGUUUAAUGCUACCACGACGCAAAUAGUACCGUUUCUCGCUCUUGGUCUUGGCGUACAUGACAUGUUUCUAUUGACGCAUACGUACGCCGAACUAUCCGUAAACGAAGUACCCAGUGGCGAACAAACGGGAGUCGUUCUCAAGCGGACCGGUCUUUCGGUGUUACUGACAGGCCUCAGCAAUGUUUCCGCCUUUUUCGCAGCAGCGAUAAUCCCGAUCCCGGCCCUCCGAACGUUUUGCUUUCAAGCCGGUAUUUUAUUGCUGUUCAAUCUAGCUGCCAUGCUACUGAUAUUCCCUGCAAUGGUCAGUUUGGAUCUUCGACGCAGACGUUCCGGUAGGAAGGACAUUCUCUGUUGUUGUCUGCCAGCGUCAUCGAAUCUCGGAAGGAAUAGGUACGCGAAAAACGGCACGGUCAAACAAACAGUCACCAGGGCGAUACCACCUGAGAGACGAGAAACCUGCACACAGAUUUUAACACCACAGAAUACGCAAAAUGAAUCCUGGAUAGGUGGAAACAUCAUCGAUGCGGAGUUAGAUAAACACUGCACCGAGGAGGACACGCUGACUGGCUGUUCGCAAGAUGACUGUCUGAGCUUCUCUUUGACGCAACUUGCGGCUCGGCAUUACGCACCUUUCAUCAGCCGACCGGCUACCAAAGUGUUUGGUAUAAUAAUCCUGGUUAUCAUAUUAGCCGGGAGCGUAUGGGAAACGAUGCGUCUACGUGAAGGAUUGGAUCUGACUGAUUUGGUGCCGCAAAACUCGAACGAGCACGCAUUCCUAUCCGCCCAGGCGAAACAUUUCGGUUUUUAUAACAUGUACGCGGUCACUGGACGAGAUUUCGAAUAUCCAAAUAAUCAACGACUAUUGUAUGAGUACCAUGAUGCUUUCAUGCGGAUCAAGAAUGUCAUCAAAAAUGACAACGGCGGUUUGCCCGAAUUCUGGCUCGGUCUGUUUCGCGAUUGGUUGAAAGGCCUACAGACGGCAUUCGACAAGGAUUACGAAACCGGCUGCAUCACGCAGGAGAGAUGGUUCCCAAAUGCGAGCGAUGAGGCGAUUUUGGCAUACAAAUUGCUCGUACAGACCGGUUAUGUGGAUAAUCCAAUCGAUAAGACGUUGAUUACUCAGGUACGACUGGUUGAUUCGGAGGGCAUUAUCAAUCCACGCGCUUUCUACAAUUACCUGAGCGCAUGGGCAUCCAACGACGCGCUUGCUUAUGGUGCUUCACAGGCGAAUCUGAGACCUGAGCCGCGCCAAUGGAUCUACAUUAGCGAUCACGAGCUCAAAAUCCCGAAGAGUAUGCCACUCACGUACGCACAGAUGCCGUUUUAUUUACACAGGCUCACAGAUACGCAGGAUAUCACGGAGUUGAUCGGUAGUGUAAGAAAAUUAUGCAAAAGAUUUGAAGAACGCGGCUUGCCGAAUUUCCCAUCCGGCAUACUGUUUCUCUUCUGGGAACAAUAUAUGGAUCUGAGAAGUACCUUAAUUAUCGCCUUAUUAGCCGCAUGGGGCGUCAGUAUUGUUGUGGUCGGAUUAUUACUGUUGAAUAUGUGGGCCGCACUGCUGGUUGGCAUCUCUCUUGCCGCUGUUAUUUUGCAAUUACUGGGCAUUAUGGGCUUGUUCGAUAUCAAAUUGAGCGCAGUACCUGCCGUACUGUUAGUGGUUAGUGUGGGCAUAGCUGUUCACUUCACGGUGCACAUCUGCCUGAGUUUUGUCACUAGUGUGGGCAGCAGAGAUCGUAGAAUGCGCUUAGCUCUAGAACAUAUGUACGCUCCAGUUAUUCACGGAGCGCUCACCACGCUGCUCGCUGUCGUGAUGCUUGCCUUCUCGGAGUUCAAUUUCAUAGUUAAUUAUUUCUUCUUUGUACUGCUCUGCGUGAUCGGCAUCAGUCUUGUGAACGGUAUCUUCUUUUUUCCCAUUCUGUUAUCUCUAAUCGGUCCAUCAGCGGAAGUGAUUCCGAACGAUCAUCCGGAUCGCAUAUCCACGCCGACGCCGCCGGCGUCACCCGUCGUAAGAAGAUCUAAACCACCUACACCACCGAGAAGAUCACAUAAAAUCGAAAAUGCCCGGUUGCACGCGGAGCCAUCGCUCACGACUAUUAGCGAGGAGCCUAACUCGUGGCAUAGUACUCAGGAGUCCUGUAUUAUUGUUCAACCAGAACUCAAGGUGGAGACUACAUCUACUUGCGGCAAUCAGAAUUGUAGCGGAUCGGAUACGAGUGGGUCUAGUCGAACAUCGCCGAUUCCGUCCACCUCACACAUCACCACUAAGGUUACUGCAACGGCGAACAUCAAAGUCGAAGUUCACACACCAUUAACAAGUGGAAUGGAUCGUAGUGAAAAAUGCCGGCACGCGGGCAGCAAUAGUCGAAGGAGCUCGCGCUGCAGUACGAAC